AUGGCCGGAAGUCGAGUUCCCUGGGACUCUCCGGAUACCCUGUAUAGAGUAAUCACUUUGGAUCCCAACCUGGAGUUCCACGAGUACCCAGUAGCCACCACCACCACCACCACGCCCAUCCAAGUGAUAAUGUACGUGGCCACACAGGCCAAUGACUCGUAUGCGGGCGAUGUCUGGGAGGUGGCCAGCAUAGCCAGGCAGAUCUUUAGCUCUGCCGGUCCCAGUGGCCCCAAUCGCGAGUAUCUAUUUAAUUUGGCCACCGCCAUGGCUGAGCUAUUCCCCGGGGCAGUUGAUGAACAUCUCGAAGAGCUGGUGGUAAACGUAAGGCGUCACAUAGCCGAGGAUGAGCCCCAUCUUCUAAGGCAGGCUGUGCUGGAGGAGAUUGCAAGUAUUCUGCGGGAGAAGGAGCUGCAGGAGCAGGCUCAGGCCCAGAAGCUGGAGGAGCUGCUGAUGCGUUGCCAGCAGCCAGGUGGCCGCGAGUGGCUGCUCCAUGGUGCCCUGCAGCAGAGGAGGAGCGAGACGUGA